GCUCAUCUUGCGCCAAAUUUCUGAGAGACUCAGGUGAUGUUGUAGUGUAGGAGCGACGAUGUACAUGUAGUUCUAGUUGCGGAAUAAUGGCUUGGAAGAUGCGCCACCACCCUAGCGAAAUUUUCACACAGACGAGGAGCGUGCGCGUUUUCGUGUUAGCUGUUGACUCUUGUCCUUCGAUUGCCAAUAUAAUUAUGCAUGCGCCGCCGCCAAUACAAUGCAUGCGGUCUCGACAUUUCAUCGCGAGCGCGACCAAGGCCGCAGCGGAAAACGAGGGCUUCGCUGAGGCAUCACCACACCCAUCGGGUAGAUAAGAUACAGAGAUAAAGACGUCACAAGGUCUUGGAGGCGGAUUCCCCUGCGAACACGAUGCCGCCACUUCCUGCGCCGGUGCUCGGCUUCAUGGUUCAAGACCGAUCGGACGCACUGGAUAUUCGGAAGCUUUGGUAAGUUCGCAAAACAAUAAAUACUUAGAACAUAAUAGAAAGGGCUUGUCGCUGUAGCUGCUUUGAUUGAGUUCCUUUUGGCGUCGAGCAGCCAUUUUGACUACAACGGAUCAUGGUGAUCAUGGUCACGCUCUAGAUGUGAUCUACAUGAAGCCGCAAAAACAGCUUCACAAAAAUGCAGCUUGGAUCAUACAAAAUUACAGGCAUGUGACCUUGAUUCUUGGUCUUCUCGUACUUUUGUACGAGCUGUGGCUGAACACCUUCGCCGGGACGAUCGCAAGAGGAUGGCUCCUCGGUCUCACUGCCGCAGGGUUGGGAAUCCUCGUGAACUACUUUACGCUGACGCGUUUGGUCCUGUUCAGCUUCGGCGAAAGGGUGGACCGUUCGAUCGAUUCCGUCGGCGAUUUCAUGUCUCCCGUGGUGUCUGACCAGGAGUACGAAAAGCGCUUAUCGCUAGAGGAUGAGCAGACGGCACUGAACUUCAGCGCUUCGGGUAGCGGGGGCGGUGGAGGAUUCGGUGCGAGAGCUUCGACCCCACCGCUCAGCGGAGCAGGUCGCACGGGAACAACUACGGGAUCGUCUGUAGCAGGAGCUACGAUGACCGGAAACAAAACCUCACCGACGACGGAAAAUACCGGCGUGUUUUCAUCCGUCGGUGCUGCUGAGCCGCCCCAGCUGAUUGGCGGGCAAGAGGACCAAGUGGGCGGUGAAACUAGCUUCAUCGACUACAAUAGCGGUACGGAACAGGAGUCCGACCACGCGUUGCGUGCCCGGCAGCAAAGGGCGAAGACCAGACGGAACUACCGGAAAACGAGGGACCCACGGCUGGUUCUGUUCCCCAAGCUGCCGACCGGCAGAGUGCCCCUGUACCCAGUGUGCGGCGAGAACCUGAUCGGUAUGUGUCCCUUCACUGGCGGCCGGAUCACGCUGUACAUCUACCGGGACUGCUGGCGCGUUUGGAUGUGGUUGUCGGUGUUCUACGGAUUCUGGACGUUUUUCCAAACGGUGAAAAUAAUUCCGCUCUUGUCCAUCCACGGCGGGGGGAACGAGCGGGAAGACGCGAUUCGAAACGCGCACUCCUACCACGAAGUGACGUUUUUCCUCGUCUUUCUGAUUCUGUUUCACAUCAACUUUUUCUGGUGCGCGUACUUCGUCAUCUACAAACAGACAGCGUUGUUGCAAAGGGUGAUAGAAAAUGGCAGCUUGUACCAGGCGGAGGUGAUCGCCUUACGCAAUACGCCGAAUUAUCACACGAGCUUGCUGUACGGUUUGCCCACCGGCGGGGAAAACACGCCGACAUCGAGCACCCCGGGGGCGAGCAGGAUACCCAGUCGCGAAAGACCGGCUGCUUUUUCGCAGCCAGUGCCUGCUUGGAAUUAUCCGUCAACAAACCCGCCGCCUUCUUCAACGAGCACCACGGACACCCGCAUUGCCAAUGCGGCACCUGGAUUCGCGCUGCCGGGAAGCGAUCUGAAGGAGCAGGAACAAAGCAACGGGCCGCAACAUCAAGGCAGUGCUACGCAAAUCGUCGGGAUCCCGCUUGGUAACAACAACACAAGUACCGGUGGCGCGCAGACCAACAACGUCACCAACGGGGGCCGCGUCGUCGGUGUCCCUGUCGGGAGGAGUCCAAACGAUGAGCAAGCGCUUGUGCUGCCACCGAAUCAACUAGGAACAUUUGACGGAGGCCCACUACAGCAGAGGUAGCGAUGAAAGGUUGCUGCGAGGCGCAACUUAGUUCUUGCUCACGUGCUGAGAAAAAGUACAUUUUCACGACGCACAUCGAGGAACCGAUACCAAACCCAAUGAAACGGGGGUCUGCACUGCUUUUGUCCUUGAACGCAGCAUCAGUCGGGCGGAUGUUACAAUCACGCAGUAGAAGGAGCGCGCAGCUGUUGUCUUAUGAUGAACACACAGCGACAGCCC